AUGAGCUUGGAGACGCUGGUAGUCGCUUUGACAGGGCACGGUGUCGAGAAGAGCCUGAACGUAAUUGAUUCAGUCGUUCGAUUCUUGCCGGUAGUGCCAUUUACUGAGAUCCAGGAGGCAAUUUUCACGGUUGAGAACAGCUGCGAUUAUCCAGUGGAAUUUUUCUGGCACCAUCUAGACAACUCCUUUCAGGCGGAAGAUCAAGUCAUAAACACGCUCUUGGAUUAUUACGAAGUCGAGGAACUCCUCCUGCCCCUCAGGAAGCCUGGGGAACCCCUGCCACAGCAUUUGAUAAAUUUUUACAACGACCUCCUCGACGAUACAUCUCCAACUAAAUCAAUCGAAUUCGUGGAUAAACAAGACGAAGUUCAGCUCGAAACUAAGAGACGUUACGCGGAUAGUCUGGACGACACUCCAUACUUCCUGAAUAAAACGAGGGACCCAGUGAGAGAACUUUUCGAGAGUAUCGAGCGGAAAUCCGCUCCGUCGAACAAUCUUCCGGAUCCUGCGAGGCCGGAGAGAAAAGUCUGCAUUAUUUUCCACGGAGCUCCUUUCGCUGAAUACCAAGAAACAGCAUGCAGAAGUGCAAGGGUCCUAAACGUUCCCGUAUUAUCCAUCGACAAAGCCAUCAUGGAAGCCAUUGCUCUAGGUGACAGUUCCUCUUCGAUCAGGCUACGACAAGCCAUCGACGACGCUUACCAAAACUACAUAGACGCUCACGAGAGGCACAAGGAGCGUCUGGCUGCCCAGACUGUCCUCAGGACCGACGAGAUCGAUUCCGAUGAUACGAGGAAGGGAAGAAGAGGUCACGGAGGGACGAAAUCAUCUGCGAGCGAGAAAUCUUCCAAGAGCUCUACCAGGAAACAGAGAAAAGGAGAGGUUCAAAAAUCUCCUGAAACCGAGGAGAAACGUCUGAAUGUCCAAAAAGAAGCCAUCCUUCUUCGACUUCCGACGGAGCCUGAUCCUUCGAUCGAAUUCAAUAAAAUUCCCGCCUCUGAGACGCUGGAAACGUUGGAUCCUUUGAGCAGAUACGAGUACAAGGUUCAGGCCAUAUCGCAGCUGGAGAGGAUAGUUGGUCAAGUCAGGGAAUCGCCACGGGAUAAAGUCAGCGCGAGGACUGGCGACAGAAGUGCCAGGAGCAGGAAGGACCCAUCGUUCCUUGGAAUGGGGACUGAACUAUUUGCUGAAGUUCUCGUGGAACGAUUAUCCGCGGGAGAUUUCAAACGAGGAUUCGUCCUGCAGAGCUUAGAGAGCAACUUCUUGCGCAUCAGCAUCGUCGAAAACCUGAUCCUCCUAUUGAAAACCGUGGGCCACGCUGAGUACUUCCUUUUCGUUACCUUCCUGAACUCCCUGGCUGAUUACAACCGCAAAGUCGACGAACUUCGUCAGGAUUACGAGAAGACGAUGGAUCGUGCAGAGAGAAUCCGGGAUAUCGACGGGAUGUCGUUGUCUGAAUACGAUUUACUCGACGACGAGGACAAGAAGAUGUAUCUGGAAGCCGUCUUGCCAGGAAAGAGGGCGAGAGCUUUGCUCAGACGAGCUCAAUUUACCGAACGGAUGUCACAACGUAGACAAAGAAAAGUUAGAACCAUGUUCAACCACAUUCGACCAAGUUUUAUUAUGUGUAUCACUCGACUGCGAGUAGAGAUUAAAAUAACAAUGGUUCAAAGUUUAUAGAACUAUAUAUCUCUUCAGGAACGAUUUUUUUUUUGUUAUUAUUAAAUUUUUGUUCCUUU